AUGAAGGGAUUUAUUGACGAUGCAAACUACUCUGUUGGCCUGUUGGGUGAAGGAAGAAACCUUGGAAAUGUUAUUGAUAACUAUGUUUAUGAGCAUACCCUGACAGGGAAAAAUGCAUUUUGUGUGGGAGAUCUUGGAAAGAUUGUGAAGAAGCGCAGUCAGUGGUAGAAUGUAGUGGCUCAGAUACAGCCAUUCGACACGGUAAAGGGCGACUCUGCCCCGGCGGUACUUGAGAUCUCGGCAGCUCUUGGAACUGCAUUUGCUUGUUCCAGUAAAACUGAAAUGGCUUUAGUGCAAGAAUUGGGUGUAUCUCCAGAAAACAUCAUUUACAUAAGUCCUUCCGAACAAGUCUCUCAGAUAAAGUACGCAGCAAAAGUUGGAGUGAAUAUCAUAGCUGACGGUGAAGUUGAAUUGAAGAAAAUUGCACGUAAUCACCCAAAUGCCAAGGUCUUACUACGUUUUGCAACAGAAGAUAAUAUUGGAGAUGAAGAGGGUAACGUGAAGUUUGGCACUACCCCGAAGAACUGUAGGCAUCUCUUGGAAUGUGCUAAGGAACUUGGUGUCCAAAUUAUUGGGGUUAAAUUUCAUGUUUCAAGUGCUUGCAAAGAAUCUCAAGCACAUGUACAUGCUCUGUCUGAUGCUCGAUGUAUGUUUGACAUGGCUGGAGAAUUUGGCCUCACGAUGAACAUGUUAGACAUUGGUGGAGGCUUCACAGGAACUGCAUUUCAGUUGGAAGAGGUUAAUCAUGUUAUCAGCCCUGUGUUGGAUGUCUACUUUCCUGAAGGAUCUGGCAUUAAGAUAAUUUCAGAACCUGGAAGCUACUAUGUGUCUUCUGCAUUUACACUUGCAGUUAAUAUCAUUGCGAAGAAAGUUGUUGAAAAUGAUAAAUUAUCCUGUGGAGUAGAAAAAACCAGAAGUGAUGAGCCAGCCUUCAUGUAUUUCAUGAACGGUGGUGUUUAUGGUUCUUUUUCAAGUAAACUGUUUGAGGACUUAAAUACCUUUCCAGAGGUUCCCAAGAAAUACAAGCAAGAUGAGCCUCUGUUUACAAGCAGCCUUUGGGGUCCAUCCUGUGAUGAGCUUGAUCAAAUUAUGGAAAACUGUCUUCUUCCUGAGCUGAAUGAGGGAGAUUGGCUUAUCUUUGAUAACAUAGGAGCAGAUUCUUUCCAUGACCCAUCUGCUUUUAAUGAUUUUCAGAGGCCAGCUAUUUAUUACAUGAUGUCAUUUAGUAAUUGGUCUGAGAUGCAAGAUGCUGGGGUUACUUCAGACACAAUGAUGAAGAACUUCUUCUUUGUGCCUUCUUGCAUUCCGCUGAGCCAAGAAGACAGCUUUUCCACUGAAGCUUAAACAGGCAUUAACCCUUCUUUA